ACAAGCAACAAAAGACGCAUCCGGGAUAGAUGGCCUAUAAAAUAGGCUGAACCGGCAAUAUCAAGGCCAAAAGCUCUGAGCUCCAGAACAAUCGGUUAGAAAUUCAACAUGCAGCUAUCGGUUGUCGUUUUCGGGCUUGUAGUGCUUGCCGCAGUGCUGGUAAAAUCAGGAGAUGCGAGGGCUUCACCUUCGAAAGAUCAGCUGCCGGGUGAAUUGAUAGAGGAAUUACUGGCUAGAUAUGUGGAAAGAAGGAACCAAGAAACAAUUCAAGACAACUUUUACUGCUACGACUGGACGCAGGAGGACCUUGCUGCUAUGGGACCCGGUCGUUCAGUGGAGACUGAAAGGCAGCAGUGUGAAAGCAGACCAGGAAGAGUGUUUACACAAGGAAACAACAAAGACUAUCCCAACUGUGGAACAUGUUGGUGCUGUCAACGCAAAGUUCAUGACAACUUUCACUGCUACCACUGGACGCAGGAGGACCUUGCUGCUAUGGGACCCGAUCGUUUAGCAGAGACUGAAAGGCAGCAGUGUGAAAGCAGACCAGGAAGAGUGUUUACACAAGGAAACAACGCAGACUAUCCAAACUGUGGAACAUGUUGGUGCUGUCAACGCAAAGUUCACGACAACUUUUACUGCUACCACUGGACGCAAGAAGACCUCGCUGCUAUGGGACCCGAUCGUUUAGCAGAGACUGAAAGGCAGCAGUGUGAAAGUAGCCCAGGAAGGGUGUUUACACAAGGAAACAACGCAGACUAUCCCAACUGUGGAACAUGUUGGUGCUGUCAACGUAAAGUUCACGACAACUUUCACUGCUACCACUGGACGCAGGAAGACUUCGCUGCUAUGGGACCCGGUCGUUUAGCAGAGACUGAAAGGCAGCAGUGUGAAAGUAGCCCAGGAAGGGUGUUUACACAAGGAAACAACGCAGACUAUCCCAACUGUGGAACAUGUUGGUGCUGUCAACGUAAAGUUCAAGACAACUUUUACUGCUACCACUGGACGCAGGCAGACCUCGCUGCUAUGGGACCCGGUCGUUCAGCAGAGACUGAAAGGGAACAGUGUGAAAACAGACCAGGAAGAGUGUUUACACAAGGAAACAACAAAGACUAUCCCAACUGUGGAACAUGUUGGUGCUGUCAACGCAAAGUUCACGACAACUUUCACUGCUACCACUGGACGCUGGAAGACCUCGCUGCUAUGGGACCCGAUCGUUCAGCAGAGACUGAAAGGCAGCAGUGUGAAAGUAGCCCAGGAAGGGUGUUUACACAAGGAAACAACGCAGACUAUCCCAACUGUGGAACAUGUUGGUGCUGUCAACGUAAAGUGUACGAGUGCCAUUAUUGGACGGACGACGACGUAGAGGCCAUGGGCUCAAGCCGCACGCCAGAAGUUCAGAGGGCACGGUGUGAGGAUGACUUAGGAUAUCUUUUCACGCAAGGAAACAAUGAGCACUUUCCCGGGACUGGGUACUGUUGGUGCAUCAAAACUAAAAUACCUGACGCUUCUGACAAUUGAAAAAAACUGACAAACGCUGAUUGAAUAGGAUAAGGCAGUGACUUUAUUAUAAUAAUAUUAUUACAGAAAAUUAAGAAAAUAUCAUGGCAUAUUCUACGAAAUUAACUAUCAUGAAAUGAAUUAUGAAAUGAAAGUUUCAAGCUGAAAUGCACAGAAAUGAAAUGGAAAACGCUAUUUUGCUAAAACUAUAAUGAUAAGCACACAUGCACUAGACAAUGCAAGGAGAAUGCAAAGUGCUGAACAAGCCUAGCUAAGGAAAUUUAAGGUUAAAUGGUCAAUGAAUUUUCAGACCUAAAACUUGCUAAUGAUUAUGUACACAAUACACCAUUCAUAAAUGCAUAAAGUGUGUUGAAGGCCAUAAAAUAGUUCAUCAAAUAAAAUUUGCCCAUUGAAAUUGUACUAUGAAUAUCAUAAUAUCUUGCAUAAUAAUCACAUUUAAAUAUUCAUUUUUUACUAAUACUAGUAUCAGUUUUUGUCGCCUUAUGUAAUUACCAAAGUAACAAUAAAAAACUGUACUCAACUAUA